GGCACCGGAAGUAGUUGGAUUUUGUAGUCUUUUAGCUGGUGAUGGUGCUGUCCGUCGCUGUGAGAGCGGACCGCAUCCUACAGUGAGAAACAGGAGUAAGAAUAGCAGUGUUGGGUGUGUGUGUGAGCGGACACGCGGUUUAUCAGGGAGCAGAUUGCAGGAGAGACGCUUUCAGCUCCUCUACUCGAAACUCUGAUUGAGCAUCAUGCACGGGCGGGUGAAGGUAAAGACCACCGCUCAGCAGGAGGAGGAGAAGAGGAAAGAGCGAGAGAAGAAGCUGAAAGUUUACCUGACGGUUCGAGACGCCAUCUUUAAAAAGAGGAGUAAUGGUGAGUUAGAUGAGGAAGCUCUCCAGCUCACUCAGCAGCUCCUGGCUUCGAACCCUGACUUCGCCACUCUGUGGAACUACAGGAGAGAGAUCCUGCUUCACCUGGAGACUGAGAAAGAGCAGGAGGAGAUGCAGAAGCUGUACGAAGCCGAGCUGCUGUUUAUCGAGGCGUGUCUGAAGGUGAACCCCAAGUCGUACGGGAGCUGGCACCACCGCGGCUGGGUGUCGUCCCGCCUCCCCACACCCAACUGGCCGAGAGAGCUGAGCCUGUGUGACCGCUGCCUCAGCCUGGACGACCGCAACUUUCACUGUUGGGAUUACCGCCGCCUGGUGGUCAAGAUGUCUGGGGUUUCCGUGGAACAGGAGCUCCAGUUCACGGACCGUCUGAUCGGCUCAAACUUCUCCAACUACUCGAGUUGGCACUACCGGAGCACGCUGCUGCCGCUUCUGCACCCGCAGCCCGCAGCGGAUCCGGCGUCCGACUGCCAAACGCGCACACACCCUCACACGCCACCCACCGCCUCACCCCAGACACACAGGCACCGAGUGUGUGAGGAGCAGCUGCUCAAAGAAUAUGAACUGGUCCAGAAUGCCAUCUUCACCGACCCCAAUGAUCAGAGCACCUGGUUCUACUACCGCUGGCUCCUGGGGAGAGCUGAGCACGAGGAUCUGAUCAGCUGUGUGUAUGUGAGCAGAGAAGGAGAGCGAGUCACUGUGGUUUUCUCCAAACCUGCAACUGUUGUGAGUUUGAUGCUGGUGUUGGAUGGUCAGCCUCAGCGGGUGGAGUGGAGGAGUGUUCACCCUCUACUUCCUCACAGCCCCGUCUGGUUGUGUGAGCUUCCUCCUGGCUCCAUCAGUGACAUAAACAAUGAACACAAUCUGACCGUGCACUGGAUGGAGAAACACAUACAAAGAGACUGCGCUCUCUAUACAGGUUGUAUGGAGAGUUGGUGCAGGGAUUCCGCCACGGAUCAGGAGCUCUUCAGGAGCGAUCUGUCUGUAGAGAAGACAUCAGUUCUGCAGUCUGAGCUCGAGUCCUGUACUCAACUCCUGGAACUGGAGCCUCAAAAUAAAUGGUGUCUGUUAACUAUAAUCCUCCUGAUGAGAGCUCUGGAUCCGUUGGGUCACGAGAAAGAGACGCUCGCUCAUUUCCAGACACUGAAGGAAGUGGAUCCGAUGCGCUUCUCGUACUACAGCGAUCUCUGCAGUAAGUUCAUGAUCGAGAACACUAUCCUGAAAAUGGAGUAUGCCGAAGUGCGGGUCUUCAGUCUCUCGAAUGCGAACCUGAGCACGAUGUGCCACCUGGACCAGCUCCUAUUGGUCACUCACAUCAACCUGUGUUCCAAUCAGCUCACGAAGUUGCCGCCACAUCUCGCCAUGCUGCAGUGCCUCGAGGUUCUGGAGGCUGAUGAUAACGCAAUAGAGAAUCUGGAUGGACUGUACCAUCUGGCCAAACUGGAGGAGGUGUCUUUGCGAAACAACCAAAUCUCGCAAAUCUCCGACCUUUCCCCGCUCGCCACGUGUCCAACGCUCAGCAGGCUGGAUCUCCGCGGCAAUCCUGUCACCAAGAGCGCCAACAUCCAGGCAGAGCUAGCCGAGCUGCUCCCAUCACUUACUGACCUUUUACUCUGAUCAACUCCCAAACAUAGCUGUGUGUGUGUGUGUGUGUGUGUGUGUGUGUGUGUGUGUGUGUGUGUGUGUGGGACUGAAUGAGACCUUUCAUGAGUCAGCUUGACUAUAUUUAUUCUGAGGUGUAGCCCUGUGGAAGUUGUAGUGCUGUACACCGGUCUCGACGAGAGAGCGCCUGUUCACUUCAACCACUCCAUUAAUACAUUCUCCAUUCAGAUUGUUUUGUAAAAGUAACAGCACCUGCACAAGAACAUGGUGUAGCACAGACGCUCCUGGUGGGGUGGAGUUUUCCGUAAAGAGUCGUCAGUUUAUGGAAGGAGUCUCCAGUGUCAGUGGUGAAGGAAUAGUGGUGAAGCCUCCUGUAUACGGCUGCUGUAACCAAUCGUGAAACAUCCAACCAGUUCAGUUCACGCCAUCACAACGUUCAGUGUCAUAAAAAAGCGUAAUCACCGGCCAGUUGCUGUGGUAUAAGUGGAAUAAAACACACCAGGCAAGCAGGGGUUCUUUUCCUAAAUCAGCAUCCCAACAAGUGGUUUAUAGCUUGUGUGUGUGUGUGUGUGUGUGUGCGUGUGUGUGUGUGUGUGUGUGUGUGUGUGUGUGUGCGUGUGUGUGUGUGUGUGGCCAGUGAUGUUACGCAUUCCUUCUUUAUUAGAAAAACACGGACGGGUUGCUUUAUGAGGAUUACUUUAACGACAUGGUGUCUGGAUGAGUUACAUCUGCUCGACUGAGCCAAACAUGAUAAUUCAUGAGUCAGACUUAAUUACUGUGUGUGUGUGUGUGUGUGUGUGUGUGUGUGUGUGUGUUUGUGCACACUUAAAUAUACCUAUAAAACUACAAAUAAAGCAUCACUCAAGUCGU